AUGGAUCCAGGAAGACGAACCUUGAUAAGCGGGCGUAAGUCCCCCCCUCGCCAGAUUAUCACAUCUCCUAGACGGGACCCAAACAACAGGAUCACGAAGCCCGCCCGCCCAGCUGGCAAGCCGCCUGCCGCCUACCUGACCCAGGAUGAGCAGGCCAGGAAGUUCGUGGCCGACGAGGACAAGUUUGUGCUCAAGCAGUCCAAGAAGAAGGCCGACAUCCGUGUGCGAGAAGGCCGCGCGAAGCCCAUCGACCUCCUGGCAUUCAACCUGCGAUACAUCGACACCGAUCGAGAUGUCUUUGACGAUCACGAGGCCGAUGUGGAGAUAGACGUGCCAGCGCCGGUCGCGGUCAUCGAAAGCCUGGACGUAGGUCAGUUGGAGGAGCUGGACGGGGACAUCACCUCGUACCACACCCUGGAGAUGAACAGUCAGAACCGCGAAUAUUGGACAGCAGUGCAGGCGCUCUGCUCGGAGAGGCGCCAGAAGCUCAGGCCCAUGGGCGCAGAAGAGCGAGCCGUCAGCUCUGUGAGCGCAGACGUGGACAAGAUCCUUGGGCCCAAGUCGCUUGAGCAGCUCGAGAAGCUCGAAGGACAAAUCAAGGCCAAGCUCCGCUCGGACGAAGCAAUAGAUACGGAUUACUGGGGCCAGCUGCUCAAGAGCUUGCUGGUAUACAAAGCCAAGGCUAAGCUACAGAAGAUUUAUGCUUCUAUCAAAGAGACCAGGAUCGAGACCCUACGAGAACGGAAUCCAGAAAAGGCCAAUGCGAUCGCUGCUGCCGACACAGCCUCCUCGGAGAUGCCCUCGCGCAACGCCUCCGCCCCGACUGUUCCUUCGUCGUCGAAGCCUACUUCUGCUCUAGGCCUUGCCUCGCAUGCGAGCGGCGCGGGCAACGCUCCCCCAGGGACCGCGCGCUUCUCUACCACCGGCAAUGAGGACUUCUCCCAAGCAACCAAGGCGCUCUAUGAGCGGGAGGUCGCCCGAGGGAUCAGCGAGAACGAGGAGAUUUUCACGGCUGAAGAGACAGUCCCUGGUACCGCCAAACCUCAAUGGGCCGACAAGUACCGGCCGAGGAAACCGCGUUAUUUCAACCGCGUGCAGAUGGGCUACGAAUGGAACAAGUACAACCAGACCCAUUAUGACCACGACAACCCACCGCCCAAGGUCGUCCAGGGUUACAAGUUCAACAUAUUCUACCCGGAUCUUAUCGACAAGACGAAGGCGCCCACGUUCAAGAUUAUUAGGGAGCAUGGCAGACGGAGGGGCGAGUCGUUCGCUGCCGCAGGCGAGGAAGACACGUGCCUGAUCCGUUUCAUUUCCGGGCCGCCCUACGAGGACAUUGCAUUCCGAAUCGUCGACCGUGAGUGGGAUUACAGCGCGAAGAGAGACCGUGGGUUCAAGAGCAGCUUUGACAAGGGUAUACUGCAACUUCACUUCCAGUUUAAAAAGAUCUAUUAUCGCAAGUGA